AUGGCGCCGCCCACUCAGCGCGAGAUGAUUCGGCGCGCAAUCCUAUACCAAUUCCAGCUACGAUUGCUCUGCAUCGGUGCAUGGCGAGCAUCCCUUGGUGACAGUGACUCCGAGUCUGAUGACUCUGAUAACAACUCCAGUGAUAGCUCAGAUGCUGCAGGGAACAUACAUCUGACCAUGCUGCAUACUUUGCAGGCUCUCCUUGACACCACAGCUAUCAUCCACCGGGUUACUUCCACUCGAUAUCUUACUCCGCGCCACAAUAUUAUCAAGAUGGGCCAACUUGAACUUCUCACUGCCUUCUCGCAGAGUCCCCAAGAUCACGAACGCUUUGUGAACAUGGUGCGCGUAUCGCCCUAUGUCUUCAGCUCAAUCGUUGCUAUGAUUGAAAAUGAUCCUGUCUUCCAAAACAACUCCCCGAAUGAGCAAACACCUGUCGACCAUCAACUCGCAAUAACACUCUAUCGGCUGGGUCGGUUUGGGAAUGGUGGCUCAAUUGAAGAUAUUGCACGUUUUGCCGGUGUGGGCCACGGAUCCGUUCCCCUCUUCACCAACCGUUGCUUUGAUGCGAUUGAACGUUUGCAUCCGAUCUUUGUGCGUCCACUCACACGGGAUGAGAAGGAGAUUGAGAAGAGCUGGAUUGACCGACAUCUGGGCUUCCAUGGGUCAUGGCGAGAGGGGUAUAUCAUGUACGAUGGUACAAUUGUACCAUUGUCCGAGAAGCCCACACUAAAUGGUCAAGCCUAUUUCACGCGGAAAAGCAACUACGGGCUGAAUGUGCAGAUUGGCAAUGUGCCUUCAAACCUACGAAUUGUCGACUAUUCGCAUGGGUUUACAGGCUCUGCUCAUGAUGCAUCAGCUUUUGAAUAUACGGCAGCACGAAAACACCCUGAACUUCUGUUUGAAGGAGACGAACAUGGAUUUGGUGACUCUGCAUAUGCUCUCUCCGAACAUAUGAUUCCCAUGUUUCGGAGUCCCGCUGCAGAUCUUCCCGAAAACCACCUAUUCUGCUUGACAUUAUCUCAUCUUCGUGUUCGUUCUGAGCACUGCAUGGGUGCCCUCAAAGGCCGGUGGCAAUCAUUCAAAGGCCUGCGACAAAGCAUUGCCAAAAAUCGACACCACGUUCGGGCAUGUCGGUGGAUCACGAUUGGAAUCAUCCUUCACAAUAUUGUUGUUGAGCUUGAAGGCAUACCAGAACACGAUCCCUUUAUUCUACAGGGUGGCGGUAAUGACGAGCAGGAGGACAUGGCAAUGGGGAAUGACCUUGUUGAGGGUGAGGCAAAGCGCCAGUGUCUCGUUGAUGAGGUCAACACAUUUCAUCGUCAUUAA